AUGUUUCUAUCUUUCUAUCUUUCUUUCUUCCUAUCUAUCUCUCUUUCUUGCUUUCUUUCUAUCUUUCUAUGUUUCUUUUAUUCUUUCUUUCUAUCUUUCUUUCUUACUUUAUUCAUUCUUUCUUACUUUUUAUCUUUCUUUCUUUCUAUGUUUCUAUCUUUCUUUCUUUCUAUCUUUUCUGUUUCUAUAUUUCUAUUUUCUAUCGUUCUUUCUUUCUUUCCCCUUUUCUUUCUUUCCUUUUCCUUUCUUUCUUUCUUUCUUUCUAUUUUUCUUUCAAUCUUUCUUUCUUAUCUUUUCUUUCUUUCUUAUCUUUUCUUUCUUUCUUUCUAUCUUUCUAUCUUUUUCUUUCUUUCUAUGCAUUGUUCAUUCUUUCUUUCAAUGUUUCUUUCAUUCUAUCUUUCUAUCUUUCUUUCUUUCUUUCUAUUUUUCUAUCGUUCUUUCUUUCUUGCUAUCUUUUCUUUUUCUUUAUUUCUAUUUUCUAUCGUUCUUUCUUUCUUUCCCUUUUUCUUUCUUUCUUUCUUCCUUUCUUUCAAUCCUUCUUUCUUUCUUAUCUUUUCUUUUCUUUCUUUCUUUCUUUCUAUCUUUUUCUAUCUUUCUAUGUAUCUUUCUUUCUUUCUUUUUUUCUUUCUACAACACAUUUCUUUUCCAAUGUUUUUUCUUUCUUUCCUUCCCCGUUCUUUCCACCUCUUUCCCUCUUUCUUCUUACUUUCCCUUUCAAUAAUUUCUUCUUCUUUCAUUUUUAUUUCAUUUCAUUUCUUUCAGUCGUUAAUCACUUUCACGGUCCUAUUUUAG